GGUGGCAACGUCACGCAGCUGAGCACUGAUUUUUUUACUUAGUAAAAGUAAAUUUUUAGUGUUUUUCUAUAUAUCUCUGAUUAUAAACGGCCUAUAGCAUUUUAUUUGCAUGCAGAAGCGCUCAGCAUAAGUUUAAAAAGUCUGGAGAAGUGUAAUAGCAAGAAGCAGGUGACAAGUAAAAAAGUAACAGCAUCAUUAAAAGGGGAGGCGAUUCGAUGUUAUCGCUUGCUACAAAGUUGCCCUCAUCUAUUUGCAACAAACACAAUGGAAAUUAAUUGAAGCACGUUAACGCAACGUCAAUGUCAGAGGCGAACAACUCUAACGACUGGCCGCAAGUGCAAGGGGAAAUGUAAAAGCCAAUUGGGAGUUUGAUAACCAACCAAAAACUGGAACAAUUGGGGUGGGGGACGACGGUAAGAGUUGUAAAUGCGUGCCUCAGUUGGAAAUGUGCAGCUCCAUGCCAGCGUGGAGCCAGUUAUGUCACGGCUGGACUAUGAGCAGAAUGCACUCCAUCACAGCUGCCUGCUGGUGCUGCUGCGCGGUGUGGGACCCUCACGAGCCCGCAUCCUACAACGGGCCUUCGAGAAGGUGCGACGUGUCAAUAACAUCAAAGUGACGGAUUCGAGCGGCACUGUGCGUACCAUUUAUUUUCGAUUCAUAUCCGAGCAUCCAGUGGAGCACAAUGAUUGGGGCGACUUUCAAACGCAUCGCCGCCUACUGGGACUUGUAACAAUUGGCAAAUUUGAGAAUCAACCGGAACUGAACGAACUGUGCCGUCAUCAUGAGUCGCUUAAAGUGCGCUAUGGAAGCACGCUGUACGAGUCACGUGCCAUAUUCUUUGGACCCGAUGCAUCUUCCAGCGAUCCCACAAACCACAAUCACAAUGACGACAUAAGUGCCGUCGACAAUGCGCAGCCAGAGUUGCAGGCAAUUAAAGAGCACAGCUCAAGCACAGAUGCUAAGCAUAAGGAUGCACGUCUUCAGGAUGAGUACACAACGCCUAACAAUUUCAAGUCACAGGCGUUCUUCUAUCGCGAGCACGACAAUUGCUACGAUUUGGAGACGCGGGUCGGAGAUUUUUUGAACGCCCUGUUUUGGGUGCUGGAAUCAAGGCGUCUGGAACGGUCGCGCGAGAAGGCCGAGAAGGUCAGUCUACUGCUGGCGCCCUUUGAGAAACGCGACUUUGUGGGAUUGGACAUGGAAUCGCGCAACAAUCGCAAACGCUGUGUCGGUCGUGUGAUGAAGAAUCUGGCAGAUCUGUCGCUCCAAGCGGGACUUCUAGAUGACGCUUUAAGCUUGUAUCACAAUGCAAAUGAAACGCUGCGUUCAGUGGGCGACUCGCUGUGGGUGGGCGCCAGUGAGGAAGGUCUGUGUGCCGCCUCGGCUGUUAUGUUGUAUCCACAAAUGCGUGAGAUUGAAACGCUGCAUAGAAACGCAUCUCUGCAAGAAACAGGUACUUCUCCAUUAAGAAACACUCCGGAAAAGUGGCGUGCAAGCGAUGCAACCAAGAAGAUAAACACUGGGAACGCGUCAACAAAUUGUGCAGACGCGAUCACUUCAAACUCAUCUUCCUGCUCAUCGGUAUCCUCUCUUUUGACCAACAACUCCUCAGCAUCGGGCACGCCAACACCUUCCACAUCCUCGUCCUCCUCGACAUCGACAAUAUCGGUUACGCCUUUUGGGCAACAACGCAACGGCGAGCUACCUGGCAAUAUCCUAAAGCCGGAGGAGAUAACCAACUACUAUCGCAAGGCAAUAAUUAACUACAGCAAGUACAGGCAUGCAGCCACAAUUGAGACAGAGGCGGCUUUGAAGGCAACACGUAUUUGCAUUGAACAGAAUCGUCCUCUGGAUGUUGCCAUGUUUCUACAGAACAUACUUUACAUUAAUCUCAGCAUCAGCGAGUCGGAGCGCGUUAAACGCUUUGAAAUCAUCACGGAGCUGUAUCAGCAAAUUGGCUAUCAACGCAAAGCUGCAUUUUUCCAGCGUCUGGCCGCGCUCAAGCAUGUCCAGCAAGGGAGCCAGGCGCCAGAUUGGACUCAGAGCUAUCGUUUAAUGCUGGGCAGCUUUACUGGAUAUCUGUUAUCCCUUGAUCCUCUGGAGGUGUUGGAGAAUGCCGCUGGUUGGCCAUCGCUGCAAAUAGAUCUUGUGCAAAAUCUUAUAACUGCUGCGAGACGACUUGGACACUCUGCUUUGGCCACUCGGCACAUGACGUUUCUACUGCAAACCCAAUGGGACAACAUGACGGCGACGGAGCAAAGUGAAAUGGCUGUGCAAUUGCAGAAUCUAAGCGCACAAUGCGAAGGCUCUCCCGUGCCUCUGGUGCUGGAAAAUGGGACUGUGAUACCGCCCGCAAAUCUCACCGAUCUGCCCUAUUGCAUAGAGGUGGUGGUGAAGGACUUACCCGCACAUUUGCGACCGCAACGCAUUAAGAUUGCCAAAGCCGACAGUGGUCCCUUUCUGUUUACUCCCAUACACUUUAAUUCUGUGGAUCGUCGGGACAAAAAAAAGGACAAAAAUAAAAUAGCCUUCCUGUGGGUUCAAAACGAUCUCAGCGAGGUGUGUGUGCGCCUGCGCAAUCCGUUGCCCUUUGAACUGGCUGUCACCGACAUGCGUCUGCUUACCAAUGGCGUGGUCUUUGAAUCCCUGCCCCAGAGCAUAAUCCUGCAACCGCAUGUGCCAACUAACGUCUUGCUCCAUGGCACACCCAUUGAGACAGGCCAAUUGGAACUUCAGGGCUACAGCACACAUACGUUGGGUGUCAAGUCCAACUGCCGGUUGAAACACAUGAGAGGACGCAACUUGCCUCCCAAUUAUUUGGUUGAUGUUAUUCCCGCUUUGCCACGCAUCUCUGUCAAGACGUCACUGCCACAGACGGCCACUUUUAGCAAUAUGAACAAAUCGGACAUUGUGGUUACCUCUGCCAGUUUGACUCUUUAUAAUGGAGAAUCCUCCAGCUGUAUAAUAACAAUAAGGAAUGAAAGCAAUACGUUGCCACUGGAAUAUUUAGAAGUUAGCAUAAAUUCAAAUGUGGAGCAGGUGACUCAAAAGAAAAUAUUUCACAUUGAUGAACAGGCGCUGCAGGCUCAGCUGCCAGUUGCUCCGCUAGGAACUCUUGAACUUGCUCUGGAAAUUUACGCAGAAGCUGAUUUUGUUUGUCCAAUGUCAGCGGUAUCACUUAAUUCCAGUGCAAAUGGUGCUUCUGCUGAAUAUGGAGCCUCUUCGAUGUCACACUACUCCAGCAUAUCCACUUCCGGGCAUGCCAGUCUGCCUUUGGGCAUCAGUUCACCACAGCAUCGUCGCCAGGAGCUACAAAACGUUGGCGCGCGGUCCACAAUUGCCGGUGCCCAGCAUUCUUUGGCUGCGUUAAAUUUGCAGCCUGGCGGUGCAGGUGGUUUAUCCAACACACGCCCAUUUCAGUUAGCUCAGAACGUUGAGGCGCAGAUACGACUUAAAUACUCCGGCGGAGAGGCAUUUGUUGCUGGUUUCUGUCGUCAGUGCGCCGUAUCCUUCAACUUGGAGAUGCUGCCCAGUGUGCAGAUCACUAGCUGGGAUGUGUUGCCCGCGGAAAUACCUUCACAAUUCUAUUUAGUUUUGGAUGUAUCCAAUCUAACCGCUCAAGAAAUGUCGCUCAACUAUACUGAUAACAAGAAUAUACUCAUCGAGGCCAAAGAAAGCUGCCGAGUGCCCAUCCCAGUCGAUCGGUGCUCCUUGGAGCAAGUGUGUGCGGCGCGAGCAGCAGAAGUUGCUGAGAAUCUGGAACGCGAGCUCUGUUUUCGCACGCAAAUUCUUUCAUUUAGCGAUGCCCUCAGCAAGCUUUGCUCUACUCACAUUGCGGAUCGGGUGAAGAUUAAUUGGCUGUUGACCGGCAGUGACAUCCAGGGCGUUGCCUCGCUGCGUGGAAUUGUUCUCUCACACGGCAUGGUCGACCUGACCACCGUUUCCCCUCUUCAGUGGUCUGUAAGCUUCCAGGAUGCGCCUGUGCAGCCGCAUAGCGAGAUAAUGUGCACUGUUGGACAGCGGGCACAGAUUAGCAUUAAUCUAACUAAUCAAUCGUUGCAACCCCUCAAGAACUUAGUAUUGACUAUCAAGUUUUAUCAAGACUAUUUAAAUGGCAUGGAAAACUAUAAUCUAGAGACCCGCGUGGCCAUUUCUGGACCUAACCGUAUAACAAUUCCUGUUUUGGAAAAGCACGAGCAAACGCAGCACAAUUGUUCCGUGAUUUUCUUUACGCCUGGUCGCUUCAAGACGAGCAUUGAGUGUGUUACCAAGCCGCAACAAAGUAGCAGUAUUUCGAUACGGCCCUGUCCAGGAUCAACAAACUUAAGUCAAUUAGAAACAUUACCGGCUUCUAGUUUUGAUGAACAACAGGCACAUACAUGGAAAUUUAUACCACCUAUUGAGGUGACUGUUGUUGAGCAGUAAUUCCCAAAUGAAGUAAAUUGUUGACCCUUGUAGCUUAAUUUCGUUGUAUUCGUAUUUGUUUCUGUAUUUUGUAUAUUGUGUACUGUAAAUGUACCUCCUCCCCCUUGUAGCUCUAUCCAAUAGCAACGUUAAUCUGUGUAUACACGAAUAUACAUAUAUAUCGAUAUAUAUAUAUAUAUAUACAGCUAAGCUUUGUUGUAACAUGAGAAGCAAUUGUUUAUAAAAUAAUAAAAAGAAAAUUAUAUAUGUAUACAUUUUA